GAAUCAUAACACAAAAUGGUUCAGCUCUUUCUAGUGAAUCUUUUGCCUGUUUUACAUUGAUGCCUUCUACAAUCUGGAAUGGAUAGAACCAAGGGUGGAGGAAGUCCGAGACAGCAUAGAGGUAGGAUAGUGGGAAGAAGGCUGAAGAAUCAGGAUGCUUGGGUUCUAGUUUUGGCUCUACCACUUACUAGCUGUAUAAACCUGGGCGAGUCAUGUCACAUCUCUGACCUGGUUUCAUACCUCUUUAAUCUAUAAAUAAUAACACCUGCUCUCCUAAUCCUCAAAGAGUGAGUGUGAGGAUCAAAUGUAAUGGAAGAAAGUGCUUUGAAGAUUGUAAAGGUCAGUACAAAUGUUGGUGGGGCUUCAGGAAAAUAGUCAUAUUAGUACAUUAUUAGUGGAGUUUUUAAUUGGUCCAGAUAUUCUGGAAAGCAAUGGAACUAUGCCCCCGAAGUUACUAAACUGUGCAUACUCCUUGACCCUGAUAUGUCACUACUAGGCCUAUAUUCUGAAGAGAUCAAAGAAAAAGGAAAAGAACCUAUAAGUCAAAACUAGCCCCAGACUAGAGACUAGAGGGGUGCCUUCCUACUGGGAAUGGCUAAACAAAUUGUGGCAUAUGACUUCAAUGGAAUAUUAUUGUGCCAUACGUGACAAAACCAACUGUUUCCGAGGAAACUGAGAAGAUGUGUAUGAACUGAUCCAGAGUGAAGUGAGCAGGAACUAGGAGGAUAAUUUACACAAUAACAGCAAUAUUAGAGAGGAAAAAUAACUUUGAAAGACUUUAGAACUCUAAUCAAUGAAAUGAUUAAUUAAGUUCCAGAGGAAAGAUGAUGAAGCAUACUUCCAACCUCCUGUCAAAGAGGUAAGAGACAGAUUCAAGGUAUGAAAUGAGAGAUGAGGUUUUUUGGACAUGAUCAAUGAAGGAAUUAGAAUUUGUUUGCUGGAACAUAUAUAUCUGUUAUGAGGUUUAUAUUUUUAGGUUUUUUAAAAAGAUAACUAUUCAGGAGAGGGUAUAUCAUAGGAGGGAACUAGAUAACAGAUACUUAUAAAAAUAAAUAAUUUAAAGUUCAAUACAAAGGUAAAGAAUUAUGCCCCCAGAAGUGGUGGCAUAAAUGUCCUUUGCAUUUUUCUUUCAUUGAAGUCUUAGGUUAGGGUCUUCUCUGGACUGUUACUGCCCUUCUCCACUAGUUGAGAAAAGGAUCCAGUAAUCCUGUUUCCCUGGACUUUAAGAAUUUCUUGCCUGUCUCUCAGAUGACUCCCACUAUGUCUUCUCUGGGAUGGAUGACACCAGGGAGCCUACCCUUUUUACCUCCUCCCUCUUCUUUCUAUCAACAGGGGGUGGGGCGGCUCUCACUCUGCCCUUUGUAUGCUGGGCAGGGCUGUGCCAGGGACCAGUGGUGGGAAGCCCAGCUGCCCCAAUCCCCAGCCCCCCUCCCACUACUUCUCAUCACACAAGUGGGCAAGAGCAGAGUGAGUAGGGCACCAGCAGAUGGGUUGACAGUGAUGCCAUGGGGUAACCCCAUCUUAUUAAAGGCAAAAGCUUAGCCUGUGUGUCUGUGAGGCAGAAGCAGGGAGGAAUUGUAUUGGAAUCCUACAAUACUGACUGGGCACAGGAUGGUUCAGGGGUGGCCUGGGCUAGUCCCUGGACUAGGGACUAGAAGAAAGAGAAGCCACCUGUUCCAGAGUAAAGUGUCUUUGCUUAGGUCAGAUAUUCUCUUUUAAGAAGGUUCCAAAUAGGGAGGAAAUAAUUGCAUACUCAAGCACGCUUAUCUCUAGCUAUGAGAACCCUUGGCUUUAAUAAAACUAUUAGCUGGAUGGGGGGGGGGGGAGUCAGGAAUAUUCCAGAUUCCACAUGUCCUGAACAGCAAGGACUGUGUCCUCUAGCCUACUCACUCGUGCCCAUUGAACAAAGGCGUAUUUCAUUCAGCAGCACACACAUGAACAUACAUAUGCACUCCACCCAGUUGCCUCAGUACCCAUUCCAUACAUUCUCAAACAGGCCAAAGAAACCACACACACAAGCCAUCAUGGGCAUUCUGUAGAAUAUAGAAACUGUAGAGGCAUGGGAGAAAUAGUAGAAAGAACACUGGACCCAGAGACAAGAACUUUUGGGGGUCAUAUUUUUUUCCCAGCCCUGUUCCAAACUGGGUUUCCAGGUCUGUACAUUGCUUCCCCUUCCUCAUGCUUCUUUUCUGUCAAAAUGGCCUUCUCUUGGUCUCUCACACUUGACACCAUCCUUUGCACUGGCUGUGGGCAUUACCCCAUUCCUGGAAUGAGUUCCCUCCUCAUCUCAGUCCUAUGGAAUCCUUCCCUUCCUUCAAGAUACAAUUUUAACACCACCUUUGUUAAUACUCCUCUUUAUCAGCAUAUAUUUUGUUACUUGCCUCUUUAUAAUCAUUCUGAAUCUACUUACAUAUAGAGACAGAGUUAUGCAAUCCUUGUCUCUUCUGCUAGAAUGUAAACCCUAUUGGAGAAAAGAUCACUUCAUUCAUUGUAUUUGUAUACUUGCAGUAUAUAGAGCAGCGCCUGGCUGAUCAUAGGUGCUUACUAAAUACUUCUUGGGAGGUCCUGGGUUCAAAUCAGACCUCAGAAACUUCUUAGCUAUGUGACCCUAGGCAAGUCACUUAACUCCAAUUCCCUAGUUCUGACCUAUCUUCUGCCUGGGAACAGAUGGAUUCUAAGACAAAGUAAGGGUUUUUAAAAAGUAAUACUCUCAGGCAGCUAUGUGACUCAGUGGAUAGAGGUCUGUAGUCAGGAAAUCCGGGGUUCAAAUGUGGCCUCAAAUAUAUACAUGCUAGCUGUGUGAUUCUGGACAAGUCACUUAACCUCUGUUUCCUUUAAUCCACUGGAGAAGGAAAUGGCAAACCACUCCAGUAUCUUUGCCAAGAAAACUUCAUGAUGGACAGCAUCUGAGCUAUGUAUUGUCCACGGGUCAAAGAUCCGACAAGACUAACAACAACAAAUUCUUGUUGAUUGAGUCUCACACUUAGUAGUUAAGUGAACCUGGGCAAGUCACCUAAUUUCUCUGAGUCUCAUUCCUUGGUUCUAAAGCGGGGCUAUGAAUACUUACACCGCCUGCCUCAUCAAGCUGCUUGCAAAGAAAGUGUUUGUAAACCAAAGGGGCAAAAAAGGGACGUUCUUCUAAUCCAUUUGGAGGCCAGGUCAGCACACACAGGGACAUGACCGAACAUAUAUAGAUAUCAUUAUGCCCACAUCAACAUGCGUGCACAAAGCCCACACACACAACCGAGAGCACAUGCAUACAUCCAUGUACACAUGUACUCCCGAAGAGAAGAUAAGCAUGUCCACCCGCACUCACGGGCAUUAACGCGUGAGAAGACGCAGGACCCAAAUGUAUGACCUGGGGGAGAAAGGUUCAGCUACACGCAGUCCUGAGGCACCUGCUUUCCCACAUACUGCAGCAAGAUCCCUUCCCGGCAGCCCCCUCCUCCCCGCCCCACCCCCCGCCGGUCUCCCUAACUCUGAGAGCCCUCCCUCCUUCCCUCCUUCCCUCCUCCCUCCACGCGCUGUCCCCGCCGCAGUCUCUUCCAACCCCACCCCUGGCCCAGCUGGUCCCCGAGUGCGGCGCACUCUGCACUUGCUUCUCCCCGAACAAGGGGAAAGGAGACUGCAGCGUGGCAGCGCAGAGCGGCGGCUGGGAGGGAGAGGCUGAAAAGCUGGAGAGCACAGCUAGGGGCAGGGGGAAAGGGAGGGGGGGGGGGGGGCAAGAACAGCAGGAGCUGCUGGGCUGCCAGGGGCUGAGGGAGGGAGAUAGAGGGAGGAUCCAGCUGCCUGGGAGUUCUCAGCUGCGGCCACUGGGCAGUGAUCCGAGCUGCAGGGGGAGGUGCCAGCCUGGGACGCUGGCAUCCUUUGGGGGCCUUUGGAGCCUGUGGGGGACCAGCUUUUGGUGUGGCAUUGCUAGUGGGUGAGGAGGGAAGGGGGCAAUCUCUCUUUGCAGCCAUGUUGGGGCUGUGGGCAUUGCCGCAGGGAUCUGGGCAUCGUCUGCUGGGGCUGUCCUUGCUAGGCUUCUGCCUGGUCUUACUGGGGGGUGCCAAGAGGCCCCCCAAAACUCCCCCAUGCCCACCCAGCUGUUCCUGUACCCGGGACACUGCCUUCUGCGUUGACUCCAAGGCUGUGCCCAAGAACCUGCCCACUGAAGUCAUCUCCUUGACACUGGUCAAUGCCGCCUUCUCAGAGAUCCACGAUGGAGCUUUCUCUCAUCUGCCACUCCUUCAGUUCUUGUUACUCAAUUCCAACAAGUUCACUCUGAUCGGAGACAAUGCCUUCAUGGGACUAUCCCAUCUGCAGUACCUUUUCAUUGAGAACAACGACAUCUGGGCGCUGUCUAGGUUCACCUUCCGGGGACUCAAGUCGUUGACACACCUCUCAUUGGCCAAUAAUAAUCUUCAGACUCUACCUAGAGAUGUCUUCCGGCCCUUGGACAUCCUGAGUGACUUGGACCUUCGGGGCAACUCACUGAAUUGUGACUGCAAAGUAAAGUGGUUGGUGGAGUGGCUGGCGAACACCAAUACUACUGUGGCUCCCAUCUACUGCUCUAGCCCUCCUCGAUUUCAGGAGCACAAGGUGCAGGACCUCCCACUCAGAGAGUUCGACUGUAUCACAACUGAUUUUGUCCUGUACCAGACUCUGCUGUUCCCCGCAGUGUCGGCUGAACCCUUUCUCUAUGCCAGCGAUCUCUACUUAGCCCUGGCCCAGCCCAGUGCCAGUGCCUGUACCAUCCUGAAGUGGGAUUACGUGGAACGUCAACUCCGUGAUUUUGACCGAAUCCCAGCACCUUCAGCUGUGCACUGUAAGCCCCUGGUGGUGGAUGGUCAGUUGUACAUGGUGGCAGCUCAGCUCUUCGGUGGCUCCUAUAUUUACCAUUGGGAUCCAAACACCACUCGUUUCAACAAACUUCAGGACAUUGACCCUGAACGGGUUCGGAAACCCAAUGACCUCGAGGCCUUCCGCAUUGAGGGUGACUGGUUCUUUGCAAUAGCUGACAGCUCUAAGGCAGGAGCCACUAGCCUCUACCGAUGGCACCAGAAUGGCUUUUACUCCCACCAGGCUCUGCAUGCCUGGCACCGUGACACUGACCUGGAGUUUGUUGAUGGCGAGGGCAAGCCUCGGUUGAUCGUUUCCAGCAGCUCCCAGGCUCCUGUCAUCUACCAGUGGAGUAGAGCCCAGAAGCAGUUUGUGGCGCAGGGGGAGAUUUCCCAGGUACCUGAUGCCCAAGCCGUCAAACAUUUCCGCGCCGGCCGCGACAGCUAUCUCUGCCUGAGCCGGUACAUCGGUGACUCCAAGAUCCUGCGCUGGGAGGGCACUCGAUUCUCGGAAGUACAAGCACUGCCGUCCCGAGGUUCGUUGGCUCUGCAGCCCUUCCUGGUGGGGGAACGGCGCUACCUGGCCCUGGGCAGCGACUUCUCCUUCACUCAGAUCUAUCAGUGGGAUGAAGGGCGGCAGAAGUUUGUGCGUUUCCAGGAGCUGGCGGUUCAGGCCCCUCGGGCCUUCUGCUACAUGCCAGCGGGGGAUGCCCAGCUGCUGUUGGCACCCAGUUUCAAGGGGCAGACCCUGGUGUACCGCCAUGUUGUGGUAGAUCUUAGUGCCUAGGGAGGUGCUAUGUGUUCUGAGAUCCUUCAUGGAGAGAUGGAUGCCAAGGGGUCCUUUGUAGUCAGUAUGUACACAAGCAUGUGAAGACACAUGUAACCAGUGUUCAUACAUGCAUUUGAGUGUACACGCCCCAGAAGUAUGCAUGUUCACAUAAGACACACCUGGUAACAUGCAACCACAUGUCUGAUUUGCAAGAGCUGACCUAAACCCAAGUAUACACAACACACCUAACAUGCCAGUACGCAUUCCCAAGCGGAUCAGAACACCCACAAGAGAUGUGCACAGCCCAUUUUGUUCUCACCCUCUCUUGUAGGAAUACUCUGUGUUCAGCCCGCAUCUCUUUUGGGCUCCCGUGCUAUAGAAGUGGCUCUCUGUGCUUUUCUCUGGCCUUUCCAGGCUUUCCUGUCGAUGCCUCAGAGUAUUUAUUUAAUGCAGUUAGCAUUUCUGCUCUCAGGUGGCUAACCCCUUCCUUAGCUCUGCAUUCGAAUCCUGUCAGCCUUCCUUCCCCCUUCAGCCAUGUCCCCCAGCCAAAGGCAGCCACCCAGUUACACCCAAAGAGACACACCAGCCUCUGCUUUGGUUCCCAUGGGUGAGUGUACCUAGGGACACACACACACACGCCUGUAGACACAUGUACUGGUUGUGUCUGCUUUGCCUAACAGGGCUUCCUCUCCCUUCCCUCCCUUCUGUUUGCCGUGAGGAGGGGCCUGAAGUGGCAAUGCCCCGGGCCACCCCAGCCCAUUCUGCCUCUGCUCCCCCACAGCUGUGCCUCUUCCCACUGGUAGUGAGGAGAAAGAUGAUGGUACCCGCUCUUCCCUUGGAGCUGGAGCCAGCCUCACUCCCCAUCCAAAGCAAUAAUAAACCCCAGGCUUCCCCUGGUGCUGCUGACCCAUCUCCCAGCUCUUGGUGAAAUGCAGGGUUCCCUCCUGCCUGGGGGCAGAAGAUGAUUUAGAGCCUGGUAGCACUGAUUCCAUCUUGGCUCAGUACCAAUCUGUCCUCUCCCUUGAGCCUGCCCAUCUGUUUAUCCUGAGCUGCCCUGGUUGGGUUUUUCUUGGGUAGGAGGGGGAACCGUUGGAAGAUGGGGCACCCAGAGGGCCCAGGCUACCCUAGGGAUCUCCUGGGGCUCUGGGUGGCUCCUUUGCCACUAACUACAAAUUGACACACAGCCUUUCAGCAUGUGCCCUUUGGGGAGGACCAGGUGUGAGCUGGCAGCCUGAAGGUGAGGGGACCUACGAGUUAAGCUUCUGCUGCCACCUUCUGGGCACUUUGAGGAACCCAGGGGUGGGUUGUGGUGAAAGAAAGGGGGCUGCCCUCCACGGGGGACCCCAAGGAACCUACGAUAUCAAUCCAUAUCACCGCUCAGGUGUAACGCUCGGAUUCACCUCUUUCUUCCAAUAAAACCCGUCACCUUUU